GAGAAUCUAAAUGAAUGAAAAGAAAAAAAAGAUAAACAAAAACAAAACAAAAAAAAAGAUUGGGUUUGAAAAUAGACUCUACCAGAUUUUUUUGUUUUGUUUAUAUAAACACAUUGGUUUAUCAGUGAAAAAAGUUUGAUUUGUUUGGUUUUUUGGUUUGAUCCAUUUUUUGUGAUCCAACACGCACUUAUCGAAUGAAUCAAGAAUCGAAUGUUUUUUGAGUGAUAAUUUCUGGGAAAAUUUCUUGGAAAUUUACUUCAUUUUUUUUUCUUUGUUUAUGUUUUUUUUUGUUUCAAAAAAAUCAAAGAUUUUUCAUCAAAUUUUGGGCAGCUUGAUCUUUGAUUCAAUUCAAUUUUAAAAAUAUGAUUCAUCAGCCACAAUCAUCAUCAUCAUCAUCAACUAAUGGACCACAACAACAACCACCACCAUUACCACCAAAUCGUCAUUCAAUACCAUAUCUAGGACAAUUACGUAAUAAUUCAAAUGGAUCGAAUGGAUCAUUUAAUGAAUUAACAACAACAUCUAUUGAUUUGUUACAAUCACCAACAUCACAACAACAACAAUCAUCAAUAAUGAUGAUGAUGAUGAUGAAUGAAAAUAAUAAUAAUAAUAAUAAUAAUUCGAAUUUAAAUAAUAAAAAUAUUGAUGAACCGAUAAUGAAUGGAUCAAUGAAUGGAAUGAUAAAAUUAUCAUCAAAUGAAUCAUCAUCAUUCGAUCAUGUAGAUAAUAAAGAUCAAGAAAUUAAAUUGCUGGAACAACAACCAACAACAAGUGUUAAUAAUAACCAUGGUGAUGAUAAUGAUGAUGAUAAUAAUAUUCCUGUUGUUUAUGGUGAACUUGUGAUUUUAGGAUAUAAUGGUUGUUUACCACAAGGUGAAAAAGGCCGUAGACGUAGUAAAUAUCAAUUACAAAGACGUUCACGUGCAAAUGGUAUAAAAAAAUCUAAACAUUAUACAGUUAAACAACCACAAACAUCAAAAGCAAUACAGGAUAAAGAACAACAUUCAAUAUCGUUUACAUUAUCACGAUCACAGGCAAUUAUUGUUGAAUAUCAACAUGAUGAUGAUACCGAUAUGUUUCAGAUUGGAAGAUCAUCCGAAAGUCCAAUCGAUUUUGUUGUUAUCGAUACAUUGAUGUUUGAACAACAACAACAACAAAUGCAGCUACAACAACAACAAUUACAAAAUCGUUGUUUACAAUCUGUACAGAAUGGUAAUAUUAUGUCAUCAUCAUCAUCGGCAUCAUCCGGAUCAUCAUUAUUACAACCGUCGAUAAAAGUUGCACAACAAAGUACAAUAUCAAGAUUUGCAUGUCGUAUUUUGGUUGAUCGACGACCACCAUAUUGUGCACGUAUUUAUGCCGCUGGAUUUGAUUCAAGUAAAAAUAUUUUUCUUGGUGAAAAAGCAACCAAAUGGCAAACAAAUGGUGAAAUUGAUGGCCUUACAACUAAUGGUAUAUUGAUUAUGCAUCCAAAACAAUCAUUUUUAGAUAAUAAAUGGAAUAAUAAUAAUUGUCAAAAUGAUAAUGAUGAUGAUUUGGAACAAAAAUCAUUACGUUAUAACGGUGGUAAUAGUAGUGGUGCUGUAUGGCGUGAAGUAUCAGUUUGUGGUGAAAUAUAUUCAGUACGGGAAACAAGAUCAGCAUCACAAAAAGGUAUUCGUAUCGAACAAGAAACAAAUGUUUUACAAGAUGGUACAUUAAUUGAUUUAUGUGGUGCAACAUUAAUGUGGCGUUCAUCCGAUGGUCUUUAUCGAUCACCAACAAAACGUUUAUUAGAAGAAAUGAUUGAUCAAUUAAAUGCAUCUAGGCCACAAUGUCCAGUUGGUUUGAAUACGCUGGUUAUACCACGUAAAUCAAUAUCAUUAGGUUCAGCUGAUGAUAAACAACCAUAUGUUUAUCUUAAAUGUGGUCAUGUACAAGGACUGCAUGAUUGGGGCCAAAAUAAACAUUCAAAUUCACGUACAUGUCCAAUGUGUUUCAAAUCAGGACCAAUUGUUCGAUUAACAAUGGGUAUUGAACCAUCAUUUUGUACUAGUUCAUUGAUGCCAAAUUUUGCAUUCAAUCCAUGUGGUCAUAUGGCAUCUGAAUCAACUGUAAAAUAUUGGUCAAAAGUAUUAAUACCACAUGGUACAAAUGGUUUUCAUGCAAUGUGUCCAUUCUGUGCACAACCAUUACAACAAGCUGAAUUAGGUUUUGUUAAAUUAAUAUUUCAAUGAAUCAACCAAUAAUGUGUGAUGGUCAAUUUUCAAUGUAAAAAAAAACAAAACAAGAAAAUUUUUCUUAGCU